UCCCUGAAAUUGAUCACAGAUAUGCAGGGACAUAAAGGUUUAGAACUGCUGAUGGAAGGAAACGUUUUAGGAAAGAAGACACCAAGUGCAAUGGCAGGAGGCUCUCACCUAGUUUGGCUUCCUCUGCUUCUCUCAGGUGUCUUUGAACUUUCUGACAGCAGACAUGUCCAUCCGGAGAAGAACGAAACAUUCAUCAGCAAUGCAGAUGUGGCUUCUCUCCUUGGCCGGUUCCCAAUAAAAUUACCGGAAGGAAUUAAUCCUGAGAAUAUACAUAUCACAUCAGUCAACAUAGAAAGCUGUACUGAUAUGGAGGCACAGAUUCAUUUGCUUAACAAGCAGCUUCAGGAGACAACGUUCCGCAGCAGCAAACAAGAUGAAGAAGCCUUUGGGUUGAGGAGGAACGUCAGGCUGCUUAGGAUGCAGCUAGCUACAUGCAGUUCAUCCGCCUCAGCUGUUACUGGCCCUUAUCAAACCCAGCUAUACUCUCAAAUGAAACUGCUGCUGGAGAAGUUUGACAGUGAUGCUUUUCUGAAUCUAAAAGUCAUUGUACUAACCAGGGAGGUAACAGCAUUACAGAGGAGGAUCGAACUGGCUGCCAAUUCUACUGAAACUGAAAUCAUGGUGCUACGCAAUGAGCUGCAAGUGAAGAUGAAGGAUCUCCACGCUAAGAAGCAACAAAUUGAGAGACGUUUCUCAAACUCAGAACUCAUUCUUCAGAUCAUCUCACUGCAAAAUCAGAUCUGGGAUUUAGGAGUGGAAGAAUUGAGAAGAGGAGAAACUGUUCUUCAGCCGGACAGUAGAAUUGCUGCUCUACAGACACAACUGGACAUGAAGCUCAGGAAGCUGCGACAACAAGGAGAUGCCAGUUCAGUCUUGCUAGAGUUCAUAUCUGGGCACAGUAGGAUUGCGGCGAUACAGAGACUCAUCAAUGUCCACAUUGCAAAAUCCAGAGCUAAUUAUGCUGAUUACCAGAUGCAAAUGAGACAAAAGAAUGAGCUCCUGGCAAAGAAGAUUUUACGCUUGAAUCGUGAGGAGAGUAACACAGAACUAACAAGGGAAAUUUUGAGUCUGCAGGAUGAACUGGCGACUCUCACACAGAUGAUUACCCACGCCAAAACUAGUGACAGACUGACAGGCCUGAGAGUUAUUCUGGAACAGGGGAAGAGCCAACAAGAACAUUUACAGAAACAACUUGAGGAGACAGAUUUUGGACAGGCUCAACUGAUCAUGAAGAUCAUCGGCAUGAUACGAGAGGGGAGAGAGCAGCAGAGGGAUGGGCAACAGCCGACAACAUCAACAACCCAAACCACUGUUCUGACUCUGCUUCGAGGGGAAUAUGCAAAAGCUCAGGCUGACAUAAAGGAGCUGCAGCGGCUGGUGCAAGAGAAGAGUGAAAAUUGCCCUGGAAAUAAGGAGAGAUACUCAGACUUAAAGACUGAAUUCGAACAGAAGAUUGCAGAACUCAAUAGAACUGGAGACUCCAAAGCAGCAAUCAUUCUGAAUGUGAUAAACCUGCAUGGUGAGCUGACAACUCUGAGGGAUUUGAUCUCGAUCACAAAACACCCAGACAGGCUCUCAGAUCUGCAGAGGCAGCUGGAGCAGAAGGAAGAGGAACUAAACUCCAAGACUGCAGACAUGAAGAGAUUGAUUGCCAACCCCAACCUAAUUCUGUCAUUCAAUCAGCUGCAGCAGGAAAUCUGGGAACUGCAGGAAAGUGGGCUCAAUGGAACCACAAGGAACAAGCAAAGAGUUAAUACUUCUUUCCCAGAGUUGCAAACCAGAGUGGAUGGCCUCAUCAGGGAAAUGAACAACAAAGGCGAUGAAAGUAUCAAACUGAUGCUGAAAAUCAUGACGCUGCAGAGUCAGGUGAAGCAGCUGCAGAAAGAGCUUUUAGACCACCACACGGUAAAAGACGCUACGGUAACCCAGCUUGAAAAGGAUCUUUCUACCAAAGAGAAGGAGCUGAAGAAAUCCGUUGAUGAGCUGACCGAGAAGAAUCAGGCCAACGCCCAAUUGAUUGUGACCAUCACUGAUCUCAACAACCGUCUCAGAAAACUACAACAAGAAAUGCAAAGCGGGGGCCAAAUAACAUCUGCAACAAUUACUAAGCUAAAGAAGCAACUGAAGAUAAAAGAAGAGGAGCACUUUCGGGAUCAGGUCGAGAUUACAGCUCUGCAGAAUGAACUGAACCAGACGACGGCACAGUGUUCAGGCUUUGGGAAGAAAAUCCAAGAGCUGCAGACUGAUCUGGAUGAGAAGCUGAAGAAACUUCAGUCUGAAUCGGACAGCGUCACUUCACUUGCUCUUCAAGUUUCUACAAUAACCGUGCAACUGGAGGAGUUAAAGAGACAACUCCAAAAUACUGAUUCUGAAGCCAAGAUACAAGAGCUUCAAAAACAAAUAGAGGAAAAGAACAACAAGUUGGCUGAAAAAACAGAGGAGCUGAAAGCAAGAAGCGCUCAACCCCAAAGAUUUCUCGAUAUUAUCUCAAUACAAACAAAGAUAUCAAAGUUAGUGAACACGGCAGCAAACAACACAGAUUACAGAAAAAUUAGAGCACUCCAGUAUCAUUUGACCGAUCUGAUCAAUGGAAUUCGAGAUGAAAACAAUGAAAAUACCCAACUGCUCUUUAAGGUUUUGACUCUUCAAGAGGAAGUAGCCCGACUGAAGAAGCAGGAAAAGAGUCAGUCAGAAGCUCAGUUAAAGAAAAUUAAAGAUCUGGAGAACGAAUUGGAGGACAUCAGAAGUCAGAUAGCAGAAAAGACUCUUUUGCUGGACUCCAGGGAUUUGAUCUUUUCUAAUCUGUCGGCUCAAAUUAUGGAACUUCACCAAAAAAUCAAACCACUGGAAGAUGAAAUAUCAGACCUCAAAAACCAACAUGCUGAGAGCUUUGCAGAGCUUCAAGCGAGACUGAGUUUGACAAAGAGACAACUGCAAGACAGCGAACUUCGACUCAAGGAUGCAGACGCAAAGAACUUUAAAUCAAUGAUGGAUAUCAUUGAUCUGAGGGAUCAGCUGACAAAGGCUGAGAAACAAGCAUCAAAAGCUGCUGGAAAAAAUAUUUAUGUAUUGGAACAACAACUUCAAACACAGCAAAGAGAGAAUAAAAAACUGGAAAACUCAAACAGAGACUUAAAACAAACGUUGAAAGAACUGAAGAUGUGCUGCAACGAUCAGAACACCCUCUGUGAAGUGCGACAGACACAACUGCAGGUGUGCCAGCAGGAUAUGGAUCGUCUGGAGCAGGAAAAUCGGAUCUUACAGGACCGACUGCAACAGUCCAAGCAGAAGGUUGAAGACCUGCAGCAGCAGCUGCCUGCGAAGGACGCCAUGCUGAACCGGCUGCAACAGGAGCUAGAAGAGAAGGCCACAGAGAAUAAGAGGAUGCAGGACAAAUGCAGCAGUAUUGGCUCUGGAUAUGAGGAGAGAUACUCGCACUUAAAGACUGAAUUCGAACAGAAGAUUGCAGAACUCAAUAGAACUGGAGACUCCAAAGCAGCAAUCAUUUUGAAUGUGAUAAACCUGCAUGGUGAGCUGACAACUCUGAGGGAUUUGAUCUCAACGACAAAACACCCAGAAAGGCUCUCAGAUCUGCAGAGGCAGCUGGAGGAGAAGGAAGAGGAACUAAACUCCAAGACUGCAGACAUGAAGAGAUUGAUUGUCAAUCCCAACCUCAUUCUGUCAAUCAUUGAGCUGCAGCAGGAAAUCUGGGACCUGCAGCAAAGGGGGCUCAAUGGAACCACAAGGAACAAGGAAAGAGAGUUGCAAACCAGAGUGCAUGGCCUCAUCACGGAAAUAAACAACAAAGGCGAUGAAAGCAUCAAACUGGUGCUGAAAAUCAUGACGCUGCAGAGUCAGGUGAAGCAGCUGCAGAAAGAGCUUUUAGACCAGCACACGGUAAAAGACGCUACGGUAACCCAGCUUGAAAAGGAUCUUUUUACCAAAGAGAAGGAGCUGAAGAAAUCCGUUGAUGAGCUGACCGAGAAGAAUCAGGCCAACGCCCAAUUGAUUGUGACCAUCACUGAUCUCAACAACCGUCUCAGAAAACUACAACAAGAAACGCAAAGCGGGGGCCAAAUAACAUCUGCAACAAUUACUAAGCUAAAGAAGCAACUGAAGAUAAAAGAAGAGGAGCACUUUCGGGAUCAGGUCGAGAUUACAGCUCUGCAGAAUGAACUGAACGAGACGACGGCACAGUGUUCAGGCUUUGGGAAGAAAAUCCAAGAGCUGCAGACUGAUCUGGAUGAGAAGCUGAAGAAACUUCAGUCUGAAUCGGACAGCGUCUCUUCACUUGCUCUUCAAGUUUCUACAAUAACCCUGCAACUGGAGGAGUUAAAGAGACAACUCCAAAACACUGAUUCUGAAGCCAAGAUACAAGAGCUUCAAAAACAAAUAGAGGAAAAGAACAACAAGUUGGCUGAAAAAACAGAGGAGCUGAAAGCAAGAAGCGCUCAACCCCAAAGAUUUCUCGAUAUUAUCUCAAUACAAACAAAGAUAUCAAAGUUAGUGAACACGGCAGCAAACAACACAGAUUACAAUCAAAUUAGAGCACUCCAGGGCCAGUUGAAUGAUCUGAUCGAUGGAAUUAAAGAUGAAAACAAUGAAAAUACCCAACUGCUCUUUAAGGUUUUGACUCUUCAAGAGGAAGUAGCCCGACUGAAGAAGCAAGAAAAGAGUCAGUCAGAAGCUCAGUUAAAGAAAAUUAAAGAUCUGGAGAACGAAUUGGAGGACAUCAGAAGUCAGAUAGCAGAAAAGACUCUUUUGCUGUACACCAGGAAUUCGAACUUUUCUAAUCUGUCGGCUGAAAUUACUGAACUUCGCCAAAAAAUCAAACCACUGGAAGAUGAAAUAUCAGACCUCAAAAACCAACAUGCUGAGAGCUUUGCAGAGCUUCAAGCGAGACUGAGUUUGACAAAGAGACAACUGCAAGACAGCGAACUUCGACUCAAGGAUGCAGACGCAAAGAACUUUAAAUCGAUGAUGGAUAUCAUUGAUCUGAGGGAUCAGCUGACAAAGGCUCAGAAACAAGCAUCAAAAGCUGCUGGAAAAAAUAUUGAUGUAUUGGAACAACAACUUCAAACACAACAAAGAGAGAAUAAAAAACUGGAAAACUCAAACAGAGAGCUAAAGAAGCAACUGAAGAUAAAAGAAGAGGAACACUUUCGGGAUCAGGUCGAGAUUACAGCUCUGCAGAAUGAACUGAACCAGACGACGGCACAGUGUUCAGGCUUUGGGAAGAAAAUCCAAGAGCUGCAGACUGAUCUGGAUGAGAAGCUGAAGAAACUUCAGUCUGAAUCGGACAGCGUCUCUUCACUUGCUCUUCAAGUUUCUACAAUAACCCUGCAACUGGAGGAGUUAAAGAGACAACUCCAAAACACUGAUUCUGAAGCCAAGAUACAAGAGCUUCAAAAACAAAUAGAGGAAAAAAACAACAAGUUGGCUGAAAAAACAGAGGAGCUGAAAGCAAGAAGCGCUCAACCCCAAAGAUUUCUACAUAUUAUCUCAAUACAAACAAAGAUAUCAAAGUUAGUGAACACGGCAGCAAACAACACAGAUUACAAUCAAAUUAGAGCACUCCAGGGCCAGUUGAAUGAUCUGAUCGAUGGAAUUCAAGAGGAAAACAAUGAAAAUACCCAACUGCUCUUUAAGGUUUUGACUCUUCAAGAGGAAGUAGCCCGACUGAAGAAGCAAGAAAAGAGUCAGUCAGAAGCUCAGUUAAAGAAAAUUAAAGAUCUGGAGAACGAAUUGGAGGACAUCAGAAGUCAGAUAGCAGAAAAGACUCUUUUGUUGUACACCAGGAAUUCGAACUUUUCUAAUCUGUCGGCUGAAAUUACUGAACUUCGCCAAAAAAUCAAACCACUGGAAGAUGAAAUAUCAGACCUCAAAAACCAACAUGCUGAGAGCUUUGCAGAGCUUCAAGCGAGACUGAGUUUGACAAAGAGACAACUGCAAGACAGCGAACUUCGACUCAAGGAUGCAGACGCAAAGAACUUUAAAUCGAUGAUGGAUAUCAUUGAUCUGAGGGAUCAGCUGACAAAGGCUCAGAAACAAGCAUCAAAAGCUGCUGGAAAAAAUAUUGAUGUAUUGGAACAACAACUUCAAACACAACAAAGAGAGAAUAAAAAACUGGAAAACUCAAACAGAGAGCUAAAGAAGCAACUGAAGAUAAAAGAAGAGGAGCACUUUCGGGAUCAGGUCGAGAUUACAGCUCUGCAGAAUGAACUGAACCAGAUGACGGCACAGUGUUCAGGCUUUGGGAAGAAAAUCCAAGAGCUGCAGACUGAUCUGGAUGAGAAGCUGAAGAAACUUCAGUCUGAAUCGGACAGCGUCUCUUCACUUGCUCUUCAAGUUUCUACAAUAACCCUGCAACUGGAGGAGUUAAAGAGACAACUCCAAAACACUGAUUCUGAAGCCAAGAUACAAGAGCUUCAAAAACAAAUAGAGGAAAAAAACAACAAGUUGGCUGAAAAAACAGAGGAGCUGAAAGCAAGAAGCGCUCAACCCCAAAGAUUUCUCGAUAUUAUCUCAAUACAAACAAAGAUAUCAAAGUUAGUGAACACGGCAGCAAACAACACAGAUUACAGUCAAAUUAGAGCACUCCAGGGCCAGUUGAAUGAUCUGAUCGAUGGAAUUAAAGAGGAAAACAAUGAAAAUACCCAACUGCUCUUUAAGGUUUUGACUCUUCAAGAGGAAGUAGCCCGACUGAAGAAGCAAGAAAAGAGUCAGUCAGAAGCUCAGUUAAAGAAAAUUAAAGAUCUGGAGAACGAAUUGGAGGACAUCAGAAGUCAGAUAGCAGAAAAGACUCUUUUGCUGUACACCAGGAAUUCGAACUUUUCUAAUCUGUCGGCUGAAAUUACUGAACUUCGCCAAAAAAUCAAACCACUGGAAGAUGAAAUAUCAGACCUCAAAAACCAACAUGCUGAGAGCUUUGCAGAGCUUCAAGCGAGACUGAGUUUGACAAAGAGACAACUGCAAGACAGCGAACUUCGACUCAAGGAUGCAGACGCAAAGAACUUUAAAUCAAUGAUGGAUAUCAUUGAUCUGAGGGAUCAGCUGACAAAGGCUCAGAAACAAGCAUCAAAAGCUGCUGGAAAAAAUAUUGAUGUAUUGGAACAACAACUUCAGACACAACAAAGAGAGAAUCAAAAACUGGAAAACUCAAACAGAGAGCGACAGACACAACUACAAGUGUGCGAGCAGGAUAUGGAUCGUCUGGGGCAACAGCUGCAACAGGGGGAUGCCCGCCUCAAACAGCUGCAGCAGGAUACGGAGGAACAGAUGAGGCAGUCUAACAGACGACACCAGCAUGAAAAUCAGAUCUUACAGGACCAACUGCAACAGUCCAAGCAGAAGGUUGAAGACCUGCAGCAGCAGCUGCCUGCGAAGGACGCCAUGCUGAACCGGCUGCAACAGGAGCUAGAAGAGAAGGCCACAGAGAAUAACGGACUGCAGGACAAAUACAGCAACCUGCAAAACGAGAAAAACGAACUUGCGGAGAAGGUGCAAGGUAAAUAUUCAUUCUGCUUGGUUGAAUAUCCCCCGAAAGAAUUGCUGCUUUACUCCGUUUUUUCUCUUUACCCAGGUCUUCAAAACCAGCUCAGUGAUGUGGAGGAUAGGACGAUCCAUACCAGGAAGAGUACUUUUGAUCCGAACACAGCAAACCCAAGAAUAGUGCUGUCUGCAGAUCAUACUGAGAUGUCCACUACUGAAGAAGUACAAAACGUCCAGGACCACCCAGGCCGCUUUGAUGUGGUCCUUGCCAUCCUGGGCGAGACCGGAUUCUCAAGUGGAAGACAUUACUGGGAGGUGUCUGUUGCUGGGAAGUCUUGUUUCCACCUUGGGAUGGCCAGUGAAUCUGCUCAAAGGAGGGGGUCGAUUAUAUUCCGUCCAACAAACGGCUAUUGGACUAUAGUUAAAAACAAACAGGGCCAGUACAGAGCUAUUGAUAAUAGAUCUGUUGUACUUCGAGGGCAGCCGCAGCUUUUGACGCUGGGUAUUCUGCUGGAUUAUGAAAAGGGACAGGUCUCUUUUUACAAUGCUGGUGACAGGUCUCAUAUAUACUCAUUUCAAAGUCAAAGGUUUACUGACAAAAUCCAUCCAUUCGUCAAUUUCUGUGUCGAGGACACUGAAAGACGUACUCCGAUUGUUCUUCUAACCCCUGGAUCAACUGAGUGGAUAAAAAAUGCAGUGUAGUUCACAUACUUAUAAAUGCUGUUGAAUAGUUCAGACAAUAAAACACUUCAAAUAUACAAGAAUGCAAUUUAUUUGAUUUAUGUGUAAAAAAAAGAAAAUGUUCGGUCUCUUGUCCAAGUCAUUGUAGGGAUUUCAAUCAAUUGGUACAGGAAGAAAAGUGUACAAUUGUAAAUUUGAUGUUCUUACAUCCAGAUGUGGAUCUGCUUACUUCAAAUUACCACCAAUCGGUCAAUACAUGUCAGCACAUCACCUAUUACACAGAAAGUUCUGAAAUGAAUAAACAACUUUUGCUUUGCAAGUAAAAUACUUGCUGACGAAAUGAGAACUGCUUUGAAUUAUAAUUCCUGAUCCUUAUAUGAAAUGGUUUACCUUAAAAAAUAAGUCUGAUCCAACAUUUGUUUGAAAAAAAAUAAAUCUAAAUAGCUCAGAUUUAAUACACUCUGCCCACCACACGUCACUUCUGUAACACGUUUUGUUUUUUAACCUUCACUUGAUUUCUGUCAAAGUGUGGACAUCGCUCAGUCUCUUCCUGCUGUACCAGCCACACUGCUGUAAAAGUGGGAAACAAACACUGGAUCUCUUUCCUCCAGAAUGUGCAGGAAGUGAUUCCUCUCCUCUUCUCCCCAAGACUCGAACCACUGUGACCACAGGCGCAGCUGGCAUUCAAAGAUGUUUGGUAGGUUGUCCUUAACCUUGGAGAAAAAAGAGAGAAAGCAUUUGAUAAAAGUCAGAAAUUAUAAUAUGUUAAUGUUUACUUUUUUUAAGGGACAAAGCAAAUUAACUAAUAUGUGCACUUAAGUCCGACAUGUAAAUGUGGCAGAUUUAGGUAUAUAGGUUCGAUUUCAUCUGCAGUCCCUGGCAGGUUGCUGGUAAAAAUCAAUUAACAAAGAAACAUAUUUAUGAAAACACAGAAGAACCUGCACAGACACAAACAAGGCACAUAACACAUGGAAAGCACAAAAAAACCCCGCAAAUGGCCAGUAAUCAAAACAUUAACAGACGUAUCAAGCUAGUAAGUGAUAAAAAUAUUCUUGAAUUGGAGGAGAUACAAAUGUGGUGAUCGUUAGAUCUUUGGCAACAGUGUUCCAAAUAUCAGUGAAAUACCUGAAAGUUUAAUCAUGUUCCUUCACCAAUUUCAAAAACAUAUCCAGUUGAUAUUUUUCAGUGGUGGUAAGCAGAGAGAUUUUAAAUCGAAAAUGUUCGUAGCCUGAUUAUAAAGUCUCUGUACUGCUUGUAAUGUAGUCCACCCUGUGAGGGACGUACCUGAAGAGUACUGAGCGAAUCCAGGAGGGUGCACACCUUCCCGGGCACAGCCUUACCGAGCAGGUCCUGCAAGAACCGCUCCUUCUGGGGGCUGGUCCAUCCCUGGAACCAGCUCAGGACGCACCGCUGCUCCUGGAGGGUCACAUAGGAGAUGGGUUCCGCCUGCAUCACUUGACCCGCGCUCAGAAAAGAGGCGCAGGACAGUUUCUCCAGGCUCAGGGGGUUGACGACAGCCCGGGGAGCCGGUGGAAAGUCCUCCGAGCUGGGAGCGCAGCAGCCGGGAGCACCGGCCCAGGGUUGUGUUGACAUGGUCGGUGCUGCUGGGUCUCUGAGCCUGGAGUGAAUGCUCCACUGGAUAUCCGAGGUCGUCAGUGAGCUGCUGUGACUGCAGAUGACUUAAACCUGGGCUGACAUGUUAGAACCCCAACAAACCUUUAGAAAGACCAGUUGGAUUCACCCUGAGAAAAAACAAGUCCUUCACUAGAUGCGAUCAACAGUGUUCUUCACCUUAUGUAGCUUAGCACAGUUCUAAGCGAUGCUAACGUCAGGAUCUUCAUUCAAAGGGACGAUCAAAACCAUCAUUGACUAUACUCAACAUUAGCAGUUGUCUGUGAGUCAAUUUUUUUAAUGGACGAAGAGUCAAAUCAGCUUAUUGUCCACAUAUCUGAGGAGCAGCGAUAUUUAACCAGAGUCACGCUAAUCUCACCAACAAA